GCUCGCGGCCGCGCGGCCCGGUGGAGCGCGCUCCCGUGCGCCCGGGUCCCACGCGCCGCCAGCCAGCCCGCCAGCGCUGCCCAGCGCCCAGGCUCCGGCGAACAUGGCGCUCGUGCCCUGCCAGGUGCUGCGCGUGGCCAUCCUGCUGUCCUACUGCUCCAUCCUGUGCAACUACAAGGCCAUCGAAAUGCCCUCGCAUCAGACCUACGGCGGGAGCUGGAAGUUCCUGACGUUCAUUGAUCUGGUUAUCCAGGCCGUCUUUUUCGGCAUUUGCGUGCUGACUGAUCUUUCCAGUCUUUUGACCAGAGGAAGUGGAAACCAAGAGCAAGAGCGGCAGCUUAAGAAGCUCAUCUCUCUCCGGGACUGGAUGUUAGCCGUGCUGGCUUUUCCUGUUGGGCUGUUCGUUGUAGCUGUGUUCUGGAUCAUCUAUGCCUAUGACAGAGAGAUGAUAUACCCGAAGUUGCUUGAUAAUUUUAUCCCAGGGUGGUUGAAUCACGGAAUGCACACCACGGUUUUGCCCUUUAUUUUAAUCGAGAUGAGGACAUCACACCAUCAGUAUCCCAGCAGGAGCAGCGGACUCACCGCCAUAUGCACCUUCUCUGUGGGCUAUAUAUUAUGGGCCCUAUUCUCAUCCAUCGUAGUCUGGCCUUUGGAGCAGGAGAGGAGCCUGGUUUACAGGACAAGAACUAAACUGCUGAGGUGCGUGUGCAGCCCACCUUCUCCAGUACUCAACCCAUCCAGCCUCAGGAUCCUCAUCUGUAAAAAGGGUGUGCUGGGUGCAUCAUGUCACCGGCAUGUGGGUGUACCCUUUCCUGGAACACAUCGGCUCCGGAGCCAGAAUCGUCUUCUUUGGGUCGACAACCAUCUUGAUGAACUUUCUGUACCUUCUGGGAGAAGUUCUGAACAACUAUAUCUGGGAUACACAGAGAAGUAUGGAAGAAGAGAAAGAGAAGCCUAAACUGGAAUGAGACCCAAGUGUAAAGGGAAGAGUGAGCUUGAGCCGCUAUUUUCUCCUCCCCUCUGGGCCUUAGCAGAAGGAGAGAAACCCUGGAGGGAAGCUGUGGCAUCAGCCACUCCCGCCUGGAGGGAGGACACCUUUUAUAUAGAAAUCUAUAGAAUACGCUGGUUUCUAAAAUCACCUGCAUUAUGCUUUGAAGAAUUAUUUCCAAAUACAUUACUGAUAGCAUCAUUUUUUUUCUUUUCUAGUUUCAUAAUUAAAUUUGAUCAUUGGAUUUUCAUUUUGGCAAUUACAAUUCCGUUUAAUCAAGGAAUAAUGAAAUUUUGUGUUUCUUGUCAAACUUGAGAACUGUGUAAAAGUCAAGUCGUUGUGAGGCCAGGCAUCGGGGUGUUUUGUCCUAAAUAUGCUGGAAUAAUGAACCUGGGCCACUCUGCAGGCCCGAGAGGGAUCAGCAUAGAUGGUUCCUAUUGCGAUAAAAGUCACAGUUGCCUCUGUGGUCAAUAUUAGUAAAAAUGGCAUCAACUUCAUCAAAACCCUGAGUGUACGUGGAUCUUCUGAUUUAAUUUUGUGAGUCUUCCCAGAUGCAAACUUUAAUAAAGACCAGACAACCUAAA